CAGAGACAAAAAGAAGCAAGCAAAAUGUCAGUUAACAGUUUUCCAAAAGAUAGGGAUUACAGAAGAGAGGUGAUGCAGGCGACAGCUGCCAGUGGGUUUGCCAGUGGAAUGGAAGACAAGCAUUCCAGUGACGCCAGUAGUAUGCUCCCACAGAAUAUUUUAUCUCAAACAAGCAGGCACAAUGACAGAGACUACAGACUGCCAAGAGCAGAGACUCACAGUAGUUCUACUCCAGUACAGCAUCCCAUCAAACCAGUGGUUCAUCCAACUGCUACCCCAAGCACUGUUCCUCCUAGUCCAUUUUCUCUACAAUCUGAUCACCAGCCAAAGAAAUCCUUUGAUGCUAAUGGAGCAUCUACUUUAUCAAAACUGCCUACAUCCACAUCUUCCAUCCCUGCACAGAAAACGGAGAGAAAAGAGUCUGCAUCUGUGGACAAGUCUGUAUCCCAUUCUUGCACAACUCCUUCUACAUCUUCUGCUUCUGGACUGAAUCCAACUUCUGCGCCUGCUUCAUCUGCUCCUACAGUUCCUGUCUCACCUGUCCCACAAUCACCAAUUCCUCCAUUACUUCAGGACCCAAAUCUCCUUCGACAGCUGCUGCCUGCACUGCAAGCCACCUUGCAGCUUAAUAAUUCUAGCGUAGAUAUAUCCAAAAUCAAUGAAGUUCUAACAGCAGCUGUGACACAAGCCUCUCUGCAGUCUAUACUCCAUAAAAUUCUUACUGCUGGACCAUCUGCUUUCAAUAUCACUUCCCUAAUUUCUCAAGCUGCACAACUGUCUACGCAAGCUCAGCCAUCUAAUCAGUCUCCAAUGUCUUUAACAUCUGAUGCCUCAUCGCCAAGAUCAUACGUAUCUCCAAGAAUAAGCACGCCUCAGACUAACACUGUUCCGCUUAAACCUUUGAUGACUACGCCACCGGUAUCAUCGCAGCAGAAGGUUGCUACUCCAGGUGUUAAACAAGGACCAGCUUCACAGGCAGCACCUCAGCAGCCAGCAAUAGCUGACAAGCAGGCAGGUCAUGAACCGGCCUCUCCACGAAGUCUUCAACGCUCAAGGUAUAUUGAAAUACUUCUCUGUGCUGUCCUCUGUUUUUGCUUUGGAACCAAU